AUGUCCUACAACAAGACUGACAAGGAUGUCGGCGAGGCUCCCAAGAGCCACAAGAUCCGCAUCACCCUGACCUCGCGCAAGGUCCAGGUCCUCGAGAAGGUCUGCACCGAAAUCAUCGACCGCGCCAAGAACAAGGACCUCCGCGCCAAGGGCCCCGUCCGCCUGCCCACCAAGACGCUCAAGAUCACCACCCGCAAGACCCCUUGCGGUGAGGGCUCCAAGACCUGGGACCGCUUCGAGAUGCGCAUCCACAAGCGCCUCAUCGACCUCAACGCCCCCACCGAGGUCGUCAAGCAGAUCAUUGUCAACAUUGACGCCGGCGUCGAGGUCGAGGUCACCAUUGCCGCUUAA